AGACUGAAGUGGUCAUUAGGACCGAGACUCAUCCCCAGUAAAAAUUGAAUAUAUGGCGCGUUCCUAACAUCAGCGUGUUGGAAAAGCUCACAAAGACGCCGUAGCCUCACCUGCAAUCUUUUCUUCGCCCCCAUGAUCCAGAUUUUCUCAUCACUAUGGAAACCAGGAGCGUAACACAGCGGGAACAGAAGGAGACAUCUUCACGGAUGUCUCACAGCAUGCAGUUGUCCUCCCAUAUCAAAAAGAAGACCUUCACCUCCAGUGACGAAGAGGCCUCAUACUCCAAUCUAUUCCCAAUAAUCCCAGCUGAUGUCAUGUCUGUAAAGGAGACUCUUGACAUGGACAAGAUGCCACGUCACAGGACAUGGGAAGUGCUGCAAGAAACUUUAGCACCAGAAGCAGAGUACCACCGAUGCAAGUGGACGCUGUUCGGUAAUGAAGCAGAGAAGCUGGAGAUGGACGUGAUGAGGAACCAGCAUCUGCUGCUAACGCACUUUGACAAUAAGUCGCUCCGCACAAAGGCAGAAAAGAAAGCCUUUGAGUACAAGCAGUUCCUGGAACUCCUGAGGCAGAAAGCUCCGGAUUUUGUCAUUCCGCUGAGAGCGCACACGGUCUGGGAGGGCAUGAGGGUCAUGCUGGCCUGCACCGUCCAGGGCUGUCUGCCCCCGAAGGUCACAUGGUAUAAAGAUGGUGUGGCCAUAAAAUCGUCAUGGAAACCAUGGAAUUACGGCCUGCAGCAGAAGUACGGAGUUCACACUUUGGAGAUCAGAAGAUGCUCUCCUGUUGACGCUGGUGAAUAUAAAGUGGUGCUCAAGAGUCCCCUGGGUGAAGCUACAUCCUAUGCAACACUGGUGGUGAACUCAUAUCAAGGAGCCAUCGCCGGUUCAGGGAGCCUGCAGACCCCCGGAUCACGGCCUGAAGAUGAAGCCCAGUUUGCCACGAGGCUCCUUCCAACAUGGGUGACUGAAGGGACCAGCCUCACACUGCAGUGCACCUUCACGUCCCCUCUGCUGCCCUACCAGCAGGAGGUCAGCUGGUUCAGAGACGGCCUCCAGCUGCAUCAGUCGAGCACGGUGAACAUGGAGACAACGGACGAUACGGCCACCAUCACGCUGAGUGCUGUCUACAAGGAACACGAAGGCGUUUACACCGUCAGGCUCAAGACUUGGGAUGGAACUGAGGAAUCGAGCGCGUACGUCUAUGUCAGAGAUGCAUCAGCUGCAGUUGCAGGAGGUCCAGCUUCUCCUCUGAACGUCCAGGUAUCUGACAUCCAUAAGGAUUACGUCUUCCUCACCUGGCAGCCCCCCAGCGCAGACGGGGCGUCCCAUGUUCUGGGAUAUUAUGUUGAGAGAUGCGAUCUCGCCGACGGCCAGUGGCUGCGUUGCAACGAGCAGAUCCAGAAAGCUUGCCACUAUCCGGUGUUCGGCCUGAAGGAAGGAGCAGCCUACCGGUUCAGGGUCUGCGCUGUAAAUCAAGCGGGCACCGGGCGUCCCUCCAAAGCUACCGAACCAAUCGUCACUGCCGAUCCGUUGGAAGAGUCGAGGACCAUGGUUGUCAUGGUUUCUGGACGACCGAUCGUCGUCUCCAAAGAUGAAAUGGAAGGUCACGUCACGAUACCCUUCCCACCCACUAACGUCCACGCCUCGGAGGUUACCGACACUUACGUGGUGAUGAGUUGGACGGAGCCCGAUCCCAGAGGCAGGGAGCCGCUCACCUACUACGUGGAACGGUGUCUCGCAGGGACGAACAGUUGGGAGCUGGCCACUCUCGACAUGGUGCUGAACUCUCCCAGGUUCCCUGUGUUUGACCUGCUCAAGGGCAAGAAGUACCUGUUCAGAGUGCGUUCCGUCAACAAGUACGGUGUCAGCGACCCCUCGGAGCCCAGCGUGCCCAUCUCCUUAGGGAAACCUCAGGCGCCUCCAGCUCCGCCUCACUCCAUCCUGGCCUUCAGAGACACAGACACAUCAGUUCUGCUGAAGUGGCAGGAGCCAAAAGACAAGGACGACGUCCUGGGAUAUUAUAUCUACUACAGCGAGGCAGGCAAACAAGACUGGAACACUGUCAACAACAAACCCAUUGUGGACAACAAAUUUGUCGUUCAUGGUCUCAAGACCCGAAAGGAGUACGUCUUCAGAAUAAAGUCGGUGAGUCGAGCGGGGAACAGCGUCUACUCAGGAGAGACUCAGCCAAUCCUGGUGAAAGCUGCCAUUCGUGUCCCUUCUCCUCCCUCUGCCAUUGCUCUGCUCCUCUGCACUGGAAGUGAAAUGGUCGUGGGUUGGAGAGCCCCCGCCUCCAAUGGGGGAGCUGCUGUGCGAGGGUACUACCUCGAUCAGAAGGAGCGGGACGCUGAGGUGUGGCGAGAAGUCAAUAUUAAACCUGUCAAAGAGAGAAGGACAAAGAUUUCCAAUCUCACCGGUGGCUGUUUCUACCAAUUCCGGGUGUUUGCCACCAAUAUGGUGGGCGUCGGGAAGCCGUCUGCGCCCAGUGAUGCCUUCCUGUGCGAGAAGUGGACGAUGCCCGAGCCAGGCUGCCCCUUUGACCUGCAGGUGAGGGAAGUGAGGAGUGACUCCCUGGUCUUGCUGUGGGAGGCGCCGUUGUACGAGGGUCGUGGCCCCGUUCAAGGCUACUUCCUGGAAGUCAGCACAGGACAUGAUUCGAACCACUGGGCUGCUCUGAAUGAGAGCCCGGUCACCGAGACUCAUUUCAAGGUGUCAGGACUUCAGGAGGGUCAAACUUAUCGAUUCCGUGUAUCUGCCGUUAAUGAGGCCGGAGUGGGAUCUCCCUCGCUGCCAUCCGAGUCUGUCACGGCCGGGACUCAGCCAGGUACCAAGGACAUUGAGAUCGGUGUGGAUAACAAAGGCUUCAUAUACCUGGCGUAUGAGUGCGAAGGCAUGGACGAAGACAGCGAGUUUCUGUGGAAUAAAAACUACAAAGACCCCAUCGACCCCAGCAGAGCCAGAGAGGAGACCAGCAAAGAUAGGUCAACUUUGACUUUCAAUGACGCCUCUGAGGAAGAUCUGGGUUUGUACACAGUGGAGAUCAGUGACAAUCCAGAGCUGUCUUCCAGUUAUGACUUCACUGCGGAAGAUCUUGAAAGACUGAAAGAACUCAGCAAUCAAGUCCGAAACCCAUUGAUAGAACUGAAGUCCGGCUGGCAGGUGGAGGUGUCUGAAGAAGGGAAGGUUCGUCUGUGGAUGCAGACAGAGAGUCUGAGUGAAUCUGCUGAGCUUCGCGUCAUCUUCAACGACAAGGAAAUCUCCAGCACACCGCGCCGCAAGAUCAACUUUGACAAGGCCAAAGGUCUGGUGGAGAUACUGAUCGAUCCGCUCUCGGUGGAAGACGAAGGCUCGUACACGGCUCAGCUGAGGGACGGUCGAGCCAAGAACCAGUCCACCCUCGUGUUCGUGGAUCAGAAGUUCCGCGACACUCUGGCCCUGGCUAACGCGAGACGACGCGAGCAUCAGAGGAAGUCUGGUCCCUACUUCGAUGAAUUCUUAUCUUGGAGUGUCAGUGAAGACUGUGAAGUGAUUUUGAAGUGCAAGGUGACAAAUACAAACAAGGAAACAACUCUGAAGUGGUUUAAAGACUCCAAGGAGGUGACCCAGAUUGUGUACGACCAGAAGUCCGGCGUCAGCUCCUUUACUAUCUCCAAGAUCACCAAGAAGGACGAAGGCUCGUACAAAGCUGUGGUGUCCGACAAGCGUGGAGAAGACGUCAGCACCUUAAAGUUAAAGGAUGGCGAGUUGGACAAGCUUCUGCAGCAGCUGAGCAAACAAUGUGCCUUAUCAGCCGGUCCGCUGACGGUUCAGGGCACAGCUGAAGGUCUCAAGCUCUCCUGCUCGCUCAAAUACUACAUUAUCAACCUGAAAACCAGCUGGUUCUUCAAAGAGAAGAAGAUAAAUCAAGACUCCAGGAUGAAACCAGGAAGCAGCACUCAAAGUGUUUGGAUUGAAAUCUUAGACCCCACGGAGAAGGAUAAAGGCAAAUACACCCUGGAAAUGUUUGAUGGCAAGGAGACACACAAGCGUUCUCUGGACUUGUCAGGACAAAUUUUUGACGACGCCAUGCUGGAGUAUCAGAGGUUGAAGCAAGAAGCUCUGAUUAACAAGCGCCGCGCCAAGGUGACCAAGGGUCUGCCUGAUGUGGUGGCCAUCAUGGAGGGAAAGUCCCUCUGUCUGACCUGCUUCAUCGAAGGAGAUCCCAACCCAGAGAUCACGUGGUUUCGAAACGACAAAGAGAUCCUGAACGAGGACCAGUUCGUCAUCACGAAGGAGCCCAAGUGCAGCACCAUAACCAUCAACGACGUCAACACUGAGAAUUCGGGGAAAUACAGCAUUUUUGUGCAGAACAAGCACGGCUCCGAGACGGAGAACGUGACCGUGAGCGUGUACAAACACGGAGAGAUGCCUCCUGCUAACGCCGUGGAGAUGAGCUGAACGGCAAAGCUAAUGCCUUCAUCAGUAUAAUCCUGUCAUCAACUGUUGCUUGACAUUUAGAUUUUCCGCUCCACUCCAGGGUGAAAGCUGCUGCUUAAACAAUAUUAUAAACUAAAACACACUACCUGGUUAUUGGAAUUAAAAAAUGCAAAUCACUUUUUGAGGGGAAGAAAGAAAGAAGAUUCUGGCCGUGGCUACGUUUGGUUGAGCAGGUGCACGGGAUGAGUGUAAACAGUCCACCGGGUCAUUAACCCACAGAUGGGCUCACCUUUGGAGGGUCAAUGGCACACAGAGACGGUCCGUUUCAAGAUAAAUGCUGCAAAUUUAAACCCUCGACUAUUUCAUAAUCUGUUUCAUAAUAAUCAUAAUCUGCCUCCUCUGCCUUGUCGUUACAGUUGCCGUUUUUUAAAGCGACCGAUAAUUUGCUUUAAAUAUAUAUGAGUAACAAACCAUGAUAAAAAUAUAUAUAUAUUUGUUAAUGUUCAGAUUCAUCUGAAUAUAUAAUAUCUGUUAAAUAAAUCAUAAUAUAUAUUAAAUACAGCUAGGUCACAAGGGCAACCUGGUACCUGAUACACAAA